AUGAUCACAAACUUGCAAAAAUUGGAUGAAGAGCUGUCGAUUCGAGAGCAAAUAGCAAGAGCUGUAUUUCAGUCGACAUUCUCUGAGAAUAGCUUGGUAAAGUAUGGCCCUCAUAUCGGUAGCGAGUUCACUCCAUCAAGACUUUUCGGUGGUCAAAUGAUUGCUCAGUCUCACUCUGCCUUUCGACAAUUGUACCCGAACGAUGAAAUGAAUAGUCUCUCAUUCAAAUUCUUGGCGCCAGGGAGUUGUGACAAACCAAUUUCUUAUUCUGUUGAAAGACUUGGUAGUCUGGCUCGAGUGGGAGUGAUUCAAGAUAAGAAAAUGAUUGCCAUUUGUACAAUAAAAAUACGACAAAGUGUGGAUGAGUUUUCGAUUAUUGGAGUCAAACAACCUAUUGUACCGGAUCCAGAGACGAUGGAUAAAGAUCAACAGUUUUUCAAAGAACUUGGCGCCGGUCGAGAGAUCGAUCUCAAUCGUAUUUUGGAUGCUGUUCUCUUUGAGAUUUACAAAGUUGAAAUGAAUGAUCAAAGAAUGCGUCUUUGGACAAGAAUUCAUCCAAAGAUUAAAAAAUUUGUUAAUCCUGAAGAUCGAAUCGAUGUCUGUCUCAUGUACACGGAUUUCUUCACAUUUCAGGUCUGUUCCGAGCAUCUAUCCAAGUUCAACUUGUCUCUCGCUGGUGGAACAAGCCUCAGCCACAAUGUCUAUCUACAUAUGAGAUCAGAAGAUAUUGAUGUUUACGAAUAUCACCUCUUUGAAGUAACUUUUGUGGCAUUUUCAUGGAAUCGAGCCUUGCUUCGAUGUGUUCUCUACAAGCGAACUCUUGAACCAAUCAUGUCCGUUCAUCAAGAAUGUUUUAUUCAACCAAAAGUCGCAAAAAUACCCGCAAAAUUA